UAGACUUAUGACUUCCCUCCAACUCUCGCCCAACACAAGGACAUAAUAAUACUACUACUGCUGCGGAUUAGGACAUUCACAUCUGUUUUUUUAGGAAUUUCUGGGGGAAACACAGCCAAGUCCAAGUCCAAGUCCAAGUCCAUCGAAAACUAAAAAGCUUUUUUUUUUUUUUUUUUCUUUUCCGGCGAAGUUGUGAUGGAUAUGGAUGAUAGCAAUACUGCUACUAGGAAGAACAACGGUAGUAGUUGUGGAGGAGGAUCGCCGAGUUGGUGGUGGACAGACGAGAGGCACGUACGUUUCUUGAACUCGAUUGAGGCUUCCUUCGUCCGAGCCAUGUUUGACCACAACAAUAAUGCCAGCAACCGUCGUCAGUGUCACAGCCUGCGCCUUGAUCGCCCGUUACCUGACUGUUUUGACUCCACCCUAGAUGUGGGGAAGGAUAGACGACGGAGGCAUUCUAUUUCUACCUCAGAUGCUGCGGAGUACUCAUCCAGUGUAAGGACAGACAAGAAAAGUAGACGAUUAUCUUCACAUGAUCAGGUGGUCCCGCAGCUGGAAGGUGAUGAUGAUGGAAUUAAAGAUGAGAAAGAGAAGGAGGUGUAAUAACCGUAAACGACCACCGGCACCGGCUGGAGGAAUUCAGAUAUAUCCUCCUUCCGCCCCGACCCACUUUUAUCUUCUAAGACUACUAUUAAUAGUAGUAGUAGUAUUAUUUAGUGACUUUUGUGCCCCGCUCUUUUUUUUUUAAUUUUUUUAAUUUAUAAAAAAAAUGUUUGUCAUGUAUAUAAUCAGUUCCUUCCAAGACUAGUAUGAGUAUCUUGCAGGAUGCAGAAGACCAAAAUCCUUUACUAGCGUUUUGUCCAAAUUCGCUCGUGGAAUGGCAUUUUGAGACUAUCUGUCGUAGGCGCCCUGAUACGUUAUAGAAAACCCAUGCCUUGAUGGAUGGAUGGAUGGAACAAUGACAUCGAAAUUCAUAUGGGUUCAUAGGACAAAACAACAAAUACCAAGUUGUAAAAAGUUGGAACUGUCCUAAUUGGUUUCAAUACAGACCUUUUGAACAUGAGACAUGCAAAAAGCUGGUCCCCUUACGCUAGAAUGAAUGUCCAAUCGACAGCGUUGAUCUUGGAAGAAAUCCUUUUCCUUCUGCAAUGGCAUCAUUUUAGAUCUUACCUGUAACGCAAUGGAUGGAUUAACACGCAAGAGGCGAAGGGGUUAGCUGUUGACAAGUGGGCUUACGGUUUCUUUUUUCCUGCUUAAAUUUCUUCUCCAGUUUCCGGCCGGCGACAUUGGGCCUUAACUAUUCACAUGCUGAUUGUGUUUGGCAUGAUCUAAGUGCUAAACUCCGAUGCUUGGACCCGCAUGGAAACAAGUCUUAUCUGUUCUGCUUCUGCGUCAGACUUUUACAAUUCUGGACUCUUCCACCUGAGCUCCACCAUUCAUGUCAGCUCGUAUAUUGCAAAAUUUACUACUGGCAGUGGCACACCUUUUUCUUUAUCAGACUUCUGUCUACGACACUGCAAUUACGAAUUGCACCGAGCAAUAUCCUGUCGUCUUUGGAGCAAAAACUUGUGUAGAACGGUCUACAAGUCCACCCAAAGAUCAAGUGGUAUACAUUGUGCCGCAUCAUCAGCAUUAAUUAAAAUGAUGAGGCCUAGGCCCUCCAAUGUUCUCUCUCAGUUCUUCUUUCAGUACGAUGAAAAUUCCAUUUGCAGCAACAUUCCAAAUUAAGAAGGUUUCAUUCCGCUUU